UAUCUCAGGUUUUAUGGUGUGAAUAAUGAUCAGACUACAAUACACAGUUUCGUUACCACAACUCAUCAACAACUUAGAAACUUAAAGGAUACCUUACAGGAACAGUCAAACAGAGUAUUGGAUGCUGAUGAUAAAUAUCUGAAUUUACUGGGAUUUAACAAUGAACCACGCAUAUAUCCUAAAGAUAUAUGGAGUAAUACAUCACUACCAAUUGUGGUUUCAUAUGUUAUGGAAGGUCAAGAAAGCCAAGCAGUUGGCUUAAUAAAUAAUUUUGCUAGAAUUCUGCCUAACAAUACUAUCCUUAUUUAUAAUUUAGGUUUAGGAAAUUAUGGUCUAAAAACACUAUAUAACUAUUGUAAUCAUAGUCGGUGUCAAGUGAUCACAUAUAGCUUAACAGAGUAUCCAUCUCAUGUUGAAGAUGAAGACUCACAUGCUUUUCGCCCUUUAAUAAUUCAGGAUGCUCUUCAAAAAGCCGGUGCAAUACUUUUUGUUGAAUGCGAUCGUCGAUUAAAUAAACAUGUAACAACAUCAACAGUAUUAAAUUUAUAUGAUUAUGUAGUCGGUAAUAGUGGAAUUAUGACUUGGCCGUUGCCAUCAAAAAACGCUGUUUCUAGUCGAACUCAUAAAAAAAUGUUUGAAUAUUUUCAUACUGACGCAGACAACUUUUUAUUCUUAGAAAUGGUAUCUGCAGAUAGCUUGUUGAUUGUUAACACUAAAGACAUUCACCAUAAUGUGAUGUUACCUUGGGUGCAAUGUGCGUUGAUACAAAACUGCAUUCAUCCCAUUGGGGCGCAAUCAGCCGGAUGUCGUUUUAAUAAAAAACCGCAGUAUCGGUAUUCGGGUUGUCACAGCUACGACGCAUCCGCUUUAAACAUAGUUUUGGGUAUUAAAUUUAAGUUUGAUAAUACCAAAUACACUUACCAAUAUAUUGACGAAAUGUUUCGAACGGUUGAUCUCAGAAAAGCGGUGGCAGAACUGCAGGGUCUGGAACAAAAUGCCACUAGCGAUGGUAAAAUGUUCAUUGAAUCUUCAACAUAAUUACAACAUUUAGAAAUACUGGACUGGUAUUAUACAGGACCAAAUAAUUUGUGAUACUACAAUUAAGUUCAGUGCUAAACGUUUAUUCAAUCAAAACUUUAGUGCUUGUGACAUGUGAUAUUUUUUGUGUUUUAAUUUUGUACUAUUUUUAUAUUUAAUGUGUUUACAUCUGUAAUAAUGCUUUCAAAGGAUGUUUUGGCAAAUUCAGAUCUGAAUUGACUGAUUGAAAUCUGAAUCUCAGUAUGAGAAAAUCGAAUAAUACUUUUGAAAACACAAUUUUUAAGAAAACUUUAUCUUUUAAGCGUUCAUUUAAUGGAUCUUAUUAAAAUUGUUAGGUAUUCUAGCCCAAUUUAAUUAGUAAUAUAUAUUAAAAUUCCAUUAGCCUUUGUAUUAUACAAGGUGAUUAUUUUCUCGCAGAACUUAUUACAAUCCUCGUACUUGGUCUUUCUAAACGACUUUGGGGUAAACUGUAGCUGAUUUUUUUUUAAAUUUAGGGUAGCUAUUUUCCUUUAUAACGGAAAUUGAAAUUGUUAAAAACUUUGUAAUUGCUUUUGUUAAAGCUUUUGUACUACAGUUUUUUUCAACACUUAACAUUUUUUUAAAAAAUAGGUCACAUGCAAGAAAAAAUGAAGGGGAAGGUAUAAAAUUUCUUUCGUAAAUAUUUCUUUUUUGUUAUAUUAGGUUAAGAGGUUUAGGGUAAGAUUAGGCUGCGUUAAUUUCCUUACUAAACUAAUGUAACCUAAUCUAACACAAAAUCUUUAUUUUAAAAAAACAUCUCAAUCAACUUUUCCCCCACUUUCCUUGUACGUUUUCCAUAAAUGGGGCAUUUUAAGCCAUUGUCAAAAAAGUUAAGUUUCUUAAAAACCUGUACUAUGGAAGUUUUACCUUUUCUUUUUCCAUAUUUAGGUAACUGUAUCAAAGUAAUAGUAGUUCAUCCCAUCAUAAGGUCAUCAGUCCAAAGACUAGUUUCUCCAUUCCUUCCAAUCCUGAAGUAAUUUUCACAUUUCCCCGAAAACUAGAACAUCUGCUAUCCUUAACUACUUGUGGACAGUAAUACAAUGUAGGCCUUUCUCUGCCACUUUAUUCCUGUUUCAACCUUUAAAUAUUUCUCUAAUAAUCCCUUCAUAUCUCAGAAGGUAUCCCCUUCCAAUCUCUCCUUUUCUGUCCCCCUCCUUUUCCCAAUACUUGCCAAUUUUUAGUUGUUGGGUGCAAGAUUGUGUAGUCUUAUUUCCACUCUGCUCACGGAUCAAAUUAUAAAUAACUACUCUGUGCUUCUAGCGAUAUUCCAGACCUCAUUCCAAUCAAAAAUCUGCUUUGAAAUUUCAAUAUUCUCCCUAAUGUAAUGUUUUCAAUUGAACUUAUUAUCUAGUCUACAACUAAAAAAUAGAACACCAGACAGAAGUACUAUAUCCUAGAAUUUCACAAAUAUUAAUAAUAACUUCUCUUUUAUUAAAUUCCCUUUUACCUACGUAUGUAGUUAAGUAGUACGUAAUUGAAAAGACAUUACUUUUUUUUAACACUUUUAAAGAUCUUAAUUAAUUUCAGUACCGACAAAUAAUUGAUUAAAAAAUAGUUGAUUUGAAAAAUUAAAUAUUCUAUUGUUACUGCUUUGCUACCUCAUUGAUUUAAUCUAAAGAGAUUGCAUAUUGCUUCUUUUUAAGUACAGUAAACUUCUCGUAAAAAAUUCGUAAUAUUCACAAUUUUUAUUCUAAUAAUGGCAAUUGUUUCACUAGCGCAGUAACUUUUCAUGUGGAGUGUUAUACUAAAUAUUUUACAAAAUUGUAAUUUAUAUAUACCUUAACUAAAAGUGGGUGUUACAUAAGAAUUCAUUUAACUAUGAUAAUACACUUAACUAUUUUGAUCAUUUAGUAAUAGUUAUAUUUUUACUAACAUAUGUAGACACAACUAUUCAUUCUAAAUCAUAUCACCCACUUCAAAAAGAAAAAUUAUAUUAAUCCAUGAUAACAUACUGUUGUUGAAAUCAGUUGCAGUAAUGAAUUCAAUCUUAUAAAACAAAUAGCGCAUAAUAAGGAAUAUAAUCCAAUAAUAAUAAUAGACAACAUGCUAAAUAAAAAAAAUUGUACAAAAAUCCAUCGGAUUAGUUUUUCCUAUACCUACAUAACGACAGAAAUUUUAGUAGUUUAACAUACAUAGAUUAUUCUAGUUUACGUAUUCCAUCAAGGCUUAAAAAAAAUUAACGUUUCAUUUAAAAUUACAAACAAAUUAGAAAAACGAGCGCCUAGAAAUUAACAUGUGGUUCAUGUCACAAAUGCUGUAUUGGUUAAACAAGAAGAACAUUGCAUAUAAAAAA